AUGCUUACUUAUCUUACAAUAAACCAAGGUCUUGGUGCCUACAUUGCCACUUACUGCAUUUUAUUUGGAAUUGGAAUGGGGAUUCCCUACUCUGUGAUUUUCCAAGUCGCGUCCUCCUGUCCUCUGCUUUCACUUCUCCUCCUUUGGGGUCUCCUGCUUGUGACCUAUGCCUAUGUCGCCGUUGGAGCCGCGGGUCCCUAUCUAUACGCUAUCUGGACAUUUGCAAUAUUCUUCUGCCUCUCCGGCCACUUUGUCAUCAUACCUGGUGCUUGUACGCGCAGUUUCGGACCAAAAAUAUGGCCACAAUCUACGGUCUGGUAUAUGCCGCAACAUGAAUCGGAAGACACGGUGGCUGAACUGCAAUAUCCAGAGCGAAUGUCUAUUCGUGCAGUACCGUUAACCAGUGCAUGCGCAACCAAGACGAGUAAACAAAAGUCAGCGGUUCCACAUUUUGAUAGCACUGCGACGCCAAGUGCUCUGCUGGCGGCAGCCAUUAUCUCCCAAUUUGAUGUGAAGGGCGCCUGGAUUGCAGUCUACACUGCCUGCGCCGUCUGCUGCUUUAUAUCCUUCUUUAUCAGCCUCUUCCUGAGGGACGAGCAGGUGCGCUGUGUGGACUUCACUUCCACGUGUUCACGCCACUGCGACCGCUGCAGCCAUCAGCCAAUCAGCGACGAGUUGGAGGACAAGGCGGCGGCGGCGGCAGGAGACUACGGGGACCUACAAUGGUUUUAA